UAUAUCUAUAAAUAACCAGGUCAGGUGAAGGUCGUUUGAUAAAGGUGUACAAAUAGAUGCUAUUGUAAUAUAAAGUGGACUUAUUUAUGUUGCCACUUAGCAGAUAAAAAUGUUCCACGAGGUCAAAGGAAAAAAUAUCACAUUCGACAAAAAUAGAACGACAGCUAUCUGGAGCCCGGUUCAGACGGGUGGUUUACUGUUUACAGAAAAACCACUGACCAUCAGCGACCCUGUGACCUUGACUUUGCAGGGAUCAGGUGCAGUAGAACUUGGUAUUACUCAAGUAGACCCAGGAACUCUUCGAGGGAAGGUCCCAGAGUCUUCAAGUCAACUGGAAAAGUAUCACUUUCUGAAUGAUGUAAAGAUUCACAAGCGGACGUGUGCUAUGUGCAUACGAGUGGAUGAAGUAGCACGGGAGGUUGUAUCGAGUUAUGGUGGUGGACAAUACAAACAAGGAAUAGACCUGAAUGAACAGUAUUGGCUAGUUGCGGAUGUGAAAUAUGGGGCCGUCGACCUAAAACUUGAUAAUUCCGGUAAUAACCACAUACGUCAUCUAUUCUCCGAGUUGUGUGGCGGUAACAUCAAAGUAUUAAAUGACCCAACUGCUGCGACUAGCCAGACGAAAAGUCCUGCUGCACUUUGCUUUUACUCGGAACCUGUGGAAACCCAGAAGCAGUAUGUUCUACAUUGUUCACCAAAAGCCUACCAUGGCACUAUACCAGGAAGAUAUUAUGUUUUAAUGAGAUACACAAAUCAGUCGCCGCUCGAAUUCCGUCGGCAUAACGAAGACAAAUUUGACAUUUUAAACCAACGUGAGAGUUUAUCGAGCUCAAAACCAGACUGGUUUCAAAUUGAAAAGUUUGAAAAAGAUGACUGUGCCGGAAAUCCCAUCAUUGUAGAGUUCACGGGAGAUUCUUUUAUAUACAAAACUGCUUCCGGCAAACGCAGCAGACAAAACUGCCGGGCUAACACAGAUUCCGAAGUCUGGCUGGUAUUUGAAUUGUACGGUAUCAGUGCAAGGCUCGAAAUCAUCAAUAUUUCAAACCGACAUGUUGUGGGUGGGGGCUGUACAAAUGUGUCUCUGACCCAGGGCGGAAACCUGGCGGUAACUUGUAUCCGUGAAGAAACUGAAAACGACAUUAACAACAUACCUUCAAAUAAUUCUGAAAACGAUCUUACCGGGAGUUAUACUGCUUCCGGUUAUAAUAUACCUGGUCCGGUUAGACACCCUGAUUUGGUAACACAGGCUGCUAGUCAAAUUGACGAUCCUGUGUCGCUAGAGAAAGCGAUCCAGAAAAACUUUACAACACUCAGGGACUCGUUUAUCGUUGACGAGUUUAUUGAUAACAUGUUUGAGAAUGAAGUAAUUACUCGUACAGAAUUCCAGCAGUUAGAAUUAGUCUGUCAACAAGACAAAACAAAAGCUACAAAGAAAGUGCUAAUGAGUCUUUCGUUACGACCAGUUAGUAAAAAGUUCAUCAUGACAGCUUUGGAAAAAACGAAACAACAAUUUUUGGCUCAAUACUUCUUCCCAGAGGAAGAAAAAGAAUAACUGUAUUUGACUGGCAAUUUUGUAGAUCGGUGAUCAUGGCAGUAGGCGGGGUGCUCGGAGUGGCAUUUUUUGUUUUAUCCUUUAAUCACGGUGUUUUAACGUGACGGUUUGUUUAACAUGAACGUAUUGAAACUGGUAAAUUUUUUAUAGUUUACACACGUCAACAUUUGUUUGAGAUUUAUAGGGUCUUGCAGUGUUCUAGUCGGGUUAGAAAUGUAACAAGGUAACAAGUAUUAUAUCGCCUGUUCCAUUUAGUUCAUCAUUAAACAUCAUAUCAGUUUUGUUUAGAUUUCCGUUACGUAUUGUACGGUAAUUGAUAUAAGAAUAUGAAAAUUGUGUUGUCGCCAUUCUGGUCGGUCUAUAUGAUUGUCCCACCAGCCCUGGUUCGAGGGACCACAAGCCCUGGUUCGAGGGAACACCAGCCCUGGUUCGUGGGACCACAGGCCCUGGUUCUAGGGACCACCAGCCCUGGGUCGUGUGAAUACUUCAUAACUUAAUAAGAAUUAGCGAACUAUAAAAGUACAAGGGUUAACUGAUUUUUGCUGUAUUUCUGUAGUUAUGGUAAUUUAUUAUGUAUGAACAUACUCGAGUUCUUGUCUCAUUUUGAUUUCGUUUUUUAAGUGAGAUAGGAAAACUUUGUGAGACAGAUUGUUAGGGUUUUUUACAGUGUCUGCUGUUAUGCUUAGCACAAUACUUUAUAACAUUGCACGUUUGUAACGCCGAUUUUUGUUAGAUAAGAACGACGUAACUACUGACGAUCAUAAUGUAUAUAAACAUGAUUGCUGUAAAUUCUGUGAAGAAUUUUUUACUUCUUUUUCUUCCAAAGAAAAAAGAAAGAAAAAAGGAAAGGAAUAGGGUAUUUCAUGUAUUAUAAUUUCGUUAUGUUCGGGUCCGUGAGGUAAAUUUUCGGAUCCGUGCGGUUAAUGCUGCAUCCGUGCGGUUAAUACUCGGAUCCUUGAGGUUAAUGUUAGGAUGGAUUCGUGAGGUAAAUGUUCGGAUACCUGAUUUUAAUGGUCGGAUCUAUGAGGUUACUUUUCGAAUCUCUGUGGUUAAUGUUCGGAUCCGGGAGGUUAAUGAUCGGAUCCGGGAGGUUAAUGUUCGGAUACCUGAUUUUAGUGGUCGGAUCAGUUAGGUUACUUUCCGAAUCUGUGAGACUAAUGUUCGCUAGCGAUUUUAAUGUUCGGAUCCAUGAGAUUAAUGUUCGAAUCCGUGAGGUUAAUUUCAAAAUGAAAAUUGAACAAAGACUCUGAUCUUUCCCAUUAGAUAUAGAGUAAAAGUGAAUCGGGUAAACAGUUAGUAGACCUAUUAAGUCGGAAUUUCGAUUAGAGUAGUUUCGGGUUAACAGUGCUCCACUGUAUUUAACAUGUUAGUUCUAGGUCUUAAAAUAAAUGUAUUGCCGAGUCAGUGUCAUGCAUAAUAAUCAAAGAUUAGCUGUGAAAAUAUGUUUUUAAAAUGUUGUAAAUAUUAUUUAUUCUAUGAAAAUCUCGUUUGGUCACAUGGUGUGUUCAUGAUGAUUUAAGUAAAGGGACGCAAUUUACACAUUUUUUUACAUCAAAUGGAUAUAUACUGAUAUAGUCAGUUUUCAAAUUUAUUUAAGAUACUGUCAUUUAUUUUUAUCUAUGUAUAUAUCAUUAUAACAAAUUGGUCGCAUCAUUUCAAGAGUUUAGGUUGUUUUUAUGUUGCCAUAACACCGUUCGUAUCGGUCAUGAUAUUUCAUCAGAGACAAAGAUAACUAUUAUAUGUUAUCUAUGUCUCUGAUUUUAUAAAUUAACAUUCUUAUUUUCUGUUGGUUUUUUUG